AUGCCACAUAAUUAUUCUACUUCAACGCUAUCGCAAGACUACCAAGGCUGGCUUUUGGUAUCAAAGUUGCGAAAGCAAUUGUUGUGGCGUCGAACGCCGCAACGUUUUUACUGCAUCCUUGAUGGACAGCAGCUUUAUUACUAUGACAAUGACGAGAAUCCCUUGAAUCAAACACCCUGUGGUAUCAUUGAUGUGACCCGUUACCAAAUCGUCGCCAACUCUCCUUCACAACGACGACUCGUAUUCAACAAGCUUCCUACAACAAGAACAUUCCAACUAUUAUCACGACAAGCUGACCUGCCUGAUCUUGUCCUGGUGGCAGAAUCAGUGCAAGCCAAAGAUGACUGGAUCACCUACUUGUCAAAUAACCAUCAACACAAUACGCUCGAUAAAUGGCUUGAACGCUUAAAGUUACAUAAUGACACCCCAACAACCAACGUCAUUAUAUCACCUUCACCUUCAUCAUCGUCAUCGUCCGACGCCAAAGUAUCACCAACAUCACCAAUUACAGCAACACAUCAGCCACCUCCUUCCCCGUCAUUUAGUUCCUUUUCCGACAAUAAUAACAGCCAUUCUACGCCGCUCGCCAAUGUUUUUCAUACUCUUGUAGCUCGGCGGAAAUCAGCUGCAGUACUGCAAAACCAUCAACGACGACGCUUGUCAUUUGUCUCUCCUUCACUUAUUGCACCAGCAGCUAGUCAAACAUCUACGAAUAGCAGCAAGACCACUAUGGCAUAG